CUUUAGCAAGAGGCAGAACUUCCAACUUCAGUCUCAGGCUGAUCGUGCAGCCGCGCAGUCCUAGAAUUAGUGAACUUUCUUUUCACUUCUGUUUGCGUGCAGAUUUGUUAAAAUUCAAGGUACGCGAAGAGUGCCGGUUUUCAUGUGUUAAAGCUCAACGGAUAAUGGCUAGUCUCUGGUUAGGCCUGAUUUUGGCGUUCAGUCUGACCUUGGCAUAUGCACAGGAAGAGGUUAUCAAAUGCCCAGGAGGAGAGUGCGUUAAACUACAUCUUUGCAGAGAUGGUGAACUCGUCACAGAUGGUUCCAAUUUAAUCGAUAUCAGGUUUAACCCUGACGAUCCCUGCGAACACUAUCUUCUGAAGUGUUGUAAGAUUCCAAAUGAAGAAGAUGAAGAAAUCGUUGAACCUCCAUUUUCUGGCGGGCAAGAAGUUGUGCAACCACCGUCUAGUCACGGAGAGAUAAUUCCUGUUCCUCCCACGACUCACGAAAAUCUCAAUAGUGUUGACGCAGGAGGUGGUGGUGCGAUUGGUGGCGGAGGAGUAGGAGGUGGACCAAUAGGGAACGGAGGAGCGGGCGGUGUGCCUACAGGAGGUGGAGGAAUUGGAGGAAGUUCAACCGGUGGUGGAGGAUUCGGUAGCGAACAAAUACAAGGUGGAGGUGUCCACCCAAUAGGAACCGGAAACGGAGGCAUUGGCCCGAUAGGAAAUGGAGGCGGAGGAGCUGGCGGAGUGCCUACCGCAGGUGGAGGUAUUGGAGGAAGUUCAACCGGUGGUGGAGGAUUCGGUAGCGAAUCAAUACAAGGUGGAGGUGUUCACCCAAUAGGAACCGGAGGUGCAGGCGUUGGUCCAAUAGGAAAUGGGGGCGGGGGCGCAACAGGAGGUGGACCAAUCGGUGGUGGUGCUGUUGGAGGAAGUGGAGCAGAUAUUCCACCUCUUGGUCCGCAAAUAGGAGCUGGUGGUUACGGUAAUUGUCAUGGACAAGGUUUCAUUGGUGGUGGUAGUUUAGGUUACGGUAGUGGAUCACCUGUAGAAAUGUUUGGGGGAAUGUUUCCAUGGGGCAAGCCCCACUUGGGAAAUUUGCAGAUUGGUCAGUAUCCACCCCAAAUAAGUGGGUUGUUUAACUAUGUAGUUGGAAGCGGCGGGCAAUUUGGAAGUGUUAAUAAUGCGGGUGGUUUUACCGGAGCACCUCAAGUACCUGGUAUGGUAGGAUCAGGAGUUAGUGCGUCAUCUAGUUCGUAUGCUGGCAGCCAAUCUGUGGGGCACUCCGGGCAGUUUGGGACUGGUUCAGUAAGUGGUUCGACAUCUGGAGCUUUCGUUGGUAGUCAGGGAAAUUUACAAACUGGAGGAUCACAGAGUAGUGCCAGUGCCGGUAGCUCUUCUAUUACAUCUGGAGGACUGGCAGUGCCAGUCAGCCAAUAUGGGAGCAAACCAGGACAGUUUGGAAGUAGUUCGGUCACUGGCUCGGUAUCUGGAGCUUUCCCUGGUACCCAUGGCAUUGAUCAAUCGACAGGAUCGCAGAGUGGUGCUAGUGCGGGCAGUUCUUCUGUCACAUCCGGUGGAUUGCAAGUACCUAGUCAUAUAGCAACUGGGACUAGUGCUCUUUCGGGCAGCCAAUCUGUGGGGCAAUCCGGGCAGUUUGGAAGUGGUUCAGUGAGUGGUUCUACAUCUGGAGCUUCCACGGGUAGUCAGAGCAAUUUUCAAACUGGAGAAUCACAGAGUGGUGCUAGUGCGGGCAGCUCUUCUAUCACAUCUGGAGGAAUGCAAGUGCCUAGUCACACAGAAUCCGGGACUAGCGAUCUGUCAGGCAGCCAAUAUGGGAGCCAAUCAGGACAGUUUGGAAGUAGUUCGAUUACUGGUUCGGCUUUUCCUGGUAGUCAUGGCAUUGGUCAACCGAUAGGAUCGCAGAGUGGUGCUAGUACGGACAGUUCUUCUGUCACAUCCGGUGAAUUGAAAGUACCUUGUCAAAUACCAACUGGGACUGAAGCUCUUUCGGGCAACCAAUCUGCAGGGCAAUCAGGACAGUUGGGAAGUGUUUCGGUUACUGGUUCGUCGUCUGAAUCUUUCUCUGGUAGUCAGGCUAGUGGCCAAUCUGGAAGAACGUUGAGUGGAGGUCCUGCAGGCAGUUAUUCUAUCACAGCCAAAGAAGUGCAUGUUCCUAGUCAUACAGAAUCUGAGGCAAGUACUUCGUCUGGUUCCCAGAUUGGCAGUCAAACGCUGGUGGAAAAUAUGCCGUUUUCUAAUACAUCGACUGGGUCUUCAUCUGGUAAUCAGUCUGGAGCUAAUUCAAUAACUUCCGGAGAAAUUCAAUUACCCAGUAAUACGGAUCCUUCACUAUUCAAUCAAACUAAGGGACAAAUUGAAAAUGAAUCAUUUUCUGGUCCGUUGUCAGGAUCUUUAUCUGGUAGUCAGAGCUUGGAUAAUCCAGAAAGUAUUUCAGGAGGCCUGCAGCAUCCCAUUGGAUCUGGAGUCAGUGAACAGUUAGGUGGUGGAUCACUAUACCCACAUGGAGAAGUGCCAGGAAGUUUUUCGCCUGGACUUGAGCCUGAAAAUCAAUCUAUCCCUCCUACUGGAGAAAUUGAGGUUCCAGGUACAAACGAUUUUGAAGGUUCAGACGGAAGCCAAAAAACAGGAUACUAUGGUAGCGAUUCUAAAAUACCUGUAGGAAGUAUGCCAACUGCUGGUGCAGGAAACAAAUCUCCAGGUCAGUCUGUUGAUGAUGUCUCAAUUCAUUCUGGAAUAAAAAGCCCUAGUUUACCAGAAUCUGGUGCCGGUAUUUCGAGUGUAUCUGCACAAAGCGAGCAAACAUCAGGGCUUAUUAGUAGUGGUGUUUCUACUAGUGAAGUGAAGAAAAAUGAUAUGACUGGCAUUUCGGCUGGUCAAUUAUCAACUGGAUACCCAAUCUCGGGAGUUACGCAUGACCCAAGUGGAUCUGGGUUGGGUGCCGCAGUGGACUCUCUUGGACAUUUAAGUGAAGGCACACAAAGCACUACUACAACCGGAAAAUUGCCAGGAGGUUCAUCUGGUGUAGAUGCCAAACCACCUGGACAUUUUGGAAUCGGUUCGUUGAUACCAGCGGAAGGAGUUUCAAGCACAAAAGAAUCAUCAGCUACAUUAGGAUCCGAUAAAGUACACAAAAGUGGUAUUACUGGUUCUGGUAUAUUUAAAGGUAGUAAUGUUGAACCUAGCGCAGUUUAUACUGGCAGUUCUUUAUCACAGGGACAACUUAUUGGAGAAGCUGUGAUUUCACCUGAAAAGGUAUCAGCAGGAGGAUUUACAGAAUCUAUAUCGGGUUCCUUAUCAGGUUCUGAUUCCGGAGGUUUUGUUCGAGAACAAACUGGAAGUGCUACUGAUACUAUAGGAGUGCAGAGUACUGGUACAACAGGAUCAGUAGGCGGUACUUUACAUGGUUCCUCUGCUGGCCUGUCUGGUAUCGAUGGAAAGCAUACGACAAAGGUAACACAUGAUUUAAACCAUGGAGAAACCGACAAGUAUUCUUCCAGCAGCGCAGGAAGUGAAUCACAUCAUACUCUUUAUGGGACUGGGCCGACUAUAGUGCGACCUGUAGGAAUUGGACAUGGUUCAGAAACUAUUUUACCUGAUAGUAAGGGUAUCAUAAAAGAUCAAACAAUAAAUACAUCUGGAGCCAGUGCAGGAGGAACGUUUAUUAAACAACAAGAUUUUACUGCAGGUGGAGUAAAGGGUGGUCAUCAAAAAUCUACAGGUGGUGCUUAUGGAGGGCACUUUACAGAGAAACAUUCUGGUAAAUACUCGUAUGGCGCUUAUGGUCAUAAAGAUAGCUCACACGAUGUAACAGCAAAUCCACUUGUUCCUUCGCAAGAAAACGUGGGAUGUGGGAUUCGCCAUGCCGAUGGAGUUGGAUUCCGAAUCACCGGCAACAAUGACGGUGAAUCUGAGUACGGUGAAUUCCCUUGGAUGGUUGCAAUUUUGAAAGAAGAAAAAGCCUUAGAUCAGGUCAUCAAUGUAUAUCAGUGUGGUGGAUCUCUGAUCCAUCCUCAGGUUGUGUUGACCGCUGCCCACUGUGUACAAAACAAACAGCCUCAUGAGAUUAAAAUACGCCUUGGAGAAUGGGAUACUCAAACUACCAAUGAAAUCUAUGAUCAUCAGGAUCGAAACGUUAUGGAGAUAGUUGUGCACGAUAAAUUUUACAAGGGAGGUCUUUUUAACGAUGUAGCCUUGCUAUUCCUUAAUAAACCGGCGGAAAUUAUUGACACUGUGAAUACAGCGUGCUUACCUCCUCAGGAUUAUAAUUUCGAUUUAAAUCGUUGCUUUGCCUCUGGUUGGGGUAAGGACGUAUUUGGAAAAGAAGGAAAAUAUCAAGUUAUUCUAAAGAAAAUAGAGCUGCCCAUAAUGCCUUUCAUCAAGUGUCAGGACGCUUUACGCACAACUCGACUAGGUAGAAGAUUUAACCUAAAUAAGAGCUUCAUUUGCGCCGGAGGAGAACCAGGAAAAGAUACCUGUAAAGGCGAUGGAGGAUCUCCUCUAGUUUGCCCUAUUCCAGGAACGACCAACCGUUACUAUCAGGCCGGUAUAGUUGCCUGGGGUAUUGGAUGCGGGGAAACGGGAAUUCCUGGUGUAUACGUUAAUGUUGCCGCAUUUAGAAAUUGGAUCGAUGAACAUUUGACACAGCAUAGCAUCCCACAUGAUUAUUACAUCUACGUAUAGGAAUAACAAAUUGACCCGAAAAUACAAUUCCCGAACGGAUCGGUA